CGUCCAGAGACGCGGUGCCCAAAGCAGCAAAUCGCGCGCGCUGCAGCCGUGUGGUCCCCCUUCCGCGGCUAUCUCCGUGCAACUGACAAGGACACUCUGCAGGCACUAACUCCGGCGACCCCUGCUCGGAGACGCCCGACCGGCAGUCAUGGUCUAUUUCGGGCCGUCCAAGGGCUGUCUCACGUGCCGGCAGCGGCGGAAGAAGUGUGACGAGGCAAGGCCCUCAUGCGGAAGGUGCAUCAAAUCUCGACGGACAUGUCGAGGCUACGAAGACACUGAUGUCAAUACAUUCCGCCCUUACAUCCAGUCGCCAGCAACCGGACCAUCCCAGCCGUCGAGACAGAAUAACGCGCCAGUCUAUCCAUCACAGUACUACAAACUCCUGCAAGUACAACAGCAAGCACCGACAUUCAUAUCAGAGGGCCGGCGAUGCACUCUCCCCGCCCGCGUCGCACCUCCCGGCAGCACGGAGAUUCCCGAGGACUUUCGGGGCGCCGAGGUCACAGAGUCUGCGCGGCUCCAGUUUGCCCUGCGCGGGUUCUUUUACGAUUACUGCGUCAUCACCACGAAUACCCAGCUGUCCCGAGGGUUCUUGUCGAACGUGGAACUCAUGACCAGGGAGCUCGGGCUGGACAGCCAUCUGGUCAAGGCAUGUGAGGCGGUGGCGUGUGCGGUGCAUGGCAAGACGCUGAACCGGCCGAAUCUCGUCACGAUGGCGGAGACGAGGUACCAGGAUCUGCUUGGCGAGCUGGCGCAGCUGAUUGACUAUUCCAAGCCAAGAGAUGAGCGCGAGCCGUGGCUCGUGGCCAUGUUGCUCGGCGUGUACCAGAUUGUACAUGCCUCCGAGGAGGAUCCAGGGAGUCACUUGGCGCAUUCAAGGGGUCUAGCAGCGCUUCUUGGUAUUGCACAUUCUCCUCUUGCUCUUCUGCAACCUUCUCCCAUGAAGACCGACCGCAGCCCAGAUGCAACAACGCUAGGAGCACUACCUCUUUGCUCAUUCUUCAUCGCCCCAUCCAUUGACCCAAGUACGGACGAAUCUCUUGACGGACUCGCCCUUGCCACCCAUGCACUGUGGAAUCGCCACCAAUCUCUCAAGCACUGUCUCCAGAGCCAGACUCCAACAUUGGAAACACCGCUUGCCAUUAAAGACGACGCGAUAGCGCUCGAACGCCGUUUCCAGCACUGGCAACAGACGCGAGCGCCCGAGUUCCACCCCGUUGCCAGCGGGGACAUCCCAGACCUCUACGGCAGGAUUCUGGAUGUAGAGUCCCCCCCGGCACCAGAAGUGGGAUACUGGCCUGGCAGAGUGGACAGCUACUUCGACCACUAUGUCGCCGGCGUGUGGAAUGUCUUUCGCGCGACCCGGCUCCUGGUGCUGUACCUCAUUAUUACGCUCGAGCCGGGCCCGGCUUCAGGUUCCAAUCACUCUCGGGCAGCACAAGCAACACACCGUUCUGCAGAGGCAGCAUCACCACCCUCUCCACCGGCCCUCCGCGAUCACGAAAGCAGCUCGGGCUAUACCAGCACGUGUAGCAUCGUGGGCGGAACUAGCACGGCACUUGCCAAUGCGACGGAGGACGGCAAGAACCCCACAGCGCUGGAGCACUACACCGCGACUGGGCAUCAGGUCGUCCGCGACAUCCUGUCCUCGAUACCGUACAGCCUGACGGACAAACUACCUGUACAUAUGGCCAACGCCUGCUCACAGGCCGCCGCCCCACGAGCACCAGCGGCCGUGCAUGAACAAGAGACCUCCAGUCCCGCCCCGCCGCCGCCGCCGCCGAUGGACACGGGCCGCGUCUCUGGCGGAUUGCUGCUCAUGCACCCGCUGCACGUGGCGAUCAACAUGCCCUUUGUGCAGGAGGAUGUCAAGGCGUACAUGCGUCGGACGCUCGAGUGGAUAGGGACGAAGGGCGGGGUCGGCCAGGCGGGGAUCCUUGCCAAGGCCGACGGGGUGCUGGAUCUCGAGUAUCUGUCGAGUUCAUGCUUGAUCAUCUGGGCCGGGUUCCUGGGAUGACUGCAGUCAAGUGCAGCGAAGAGGAAGCAACCCAGCCAGAAGCUAAAGACACUGGAUUUGAGCGAGCAUGCAGCGUGUGUAUCCCUCGUGUGCGGAUUCGUUGACACUUCUCAUGUACGCUGGGCAACAGCAUGUCGUUCAACGAAGCAGCAGCGAGUUGUCUGUGGGCAGCCUCAUCCCUCGCGAACGCGCAGAAGAGGAUCUCUAAAGGAGGCAUGGGAUGGAUUCAAAAGCUGCUGCUGUACAUGAGCUGCUAGAUGAUUGCGUGCGAGUGCAGCACCUAUCAAACGUUGUGCUGAUUAAUCCGCUUUGCAGAUUGCGGGGAGGGAAUCUGGUGGACGGCUGGCGGCUAGCAAAGGCUACUCCAGUGGGAUGCCGACGACGCUAUCAUUACAAAUUAGAGUGGGACCAGCCAGACAGUCCCCCUUUGAAAUCAUGGUCGAUGCGACCACACCCGAC